CUGACAACAGCACACUCCUCUGUGAAGUGGCGUUGAAGAAGCCUUCUACACUGUUUGAUUGUACUGUAGAAGCAAACAGCAUGGGGGACUUUCAGAACCUUGAGCAGGACUUCUACCAGACAGGAUAUUACAUAGAUGACCAGGGUAACACUGUGUCCUACUAUGAUACCUACAAUUCCUCAAACCCUGCUUAUUAUGACACUGGAACACAGGGUUUUGUGCCGGGUGCUCUGGAUCCUUCCAUGGAGCAGCAGUACACUGAACAGUUCUACCAACCUGUGGGAAGCACAGGAACAGAUUCUCUUGAAGAGGAACCAAGCCUUCUUGAGGAACUUGGCAUCAAUUUUGAUCACAUCUGGCAGAAGACACUGACGGUGCUGAACCCUUUGAAGCCUGCAGAUGGCAGCAUUAUGAACGAGACUGAUCUAACAGGUCCUAUCCUCUUCUGCAUUGCACUGGGCAUCACUUUAAUGAUGGCAGGUAAAGCCCACUUUGGUUAUGUGUAUGGGAUCAGUGCUACAGCCUGUAUUGGGAUGUACAUUCUGCUGAGUCUGAUGAGUUCUGUGGCAGUGUCUUAUGGCUGUGUGGCCAGUGUCCUGGGCUACUGCCUCCUGCCUAUGGUGGUCCUCUCUGCAUUUGCUGUCUUCUACUCUUUGCAAGGUGCCCUGGGCACAGUUCUGGCCUUGUUAGCAGUUUGUUGGUGUAGUCUCUCUGCCUCCAAGAUCUUCAUCUCCACCCUGGCUAUGGAGGGCCAGCAGCUGCUGGUGGCUUACCCAUGUGCCCUACUCUAUGGGAUCUUUGCACUGCUCACUGUAUUCUAAUUAUCACCAGAUUAUACACAGAAGGGAAUAAUUAUUAAUCAAGCAACAAUCUUUUUUAUUUCUGCUAAAUAAGGUUGAAGGGAGAUUAUGUUUUCAGCCCUGUCUAUUUGUCUGCUGGGGAAAGCACUCAAUGGGAUUUGAAGGGAAACUGGGAUUUUGUUGGAUGACUGCAUAUUACAGAGCUUGAGCUCCAGAUUGGAUGGUUUUAUUUCAUCUGUGUUCUAUUUCAAUUUUGUUUAUUUUAUAAUGUAGCUAUAUGUAAUGUUUCUACAUGGUAAAUAUUUGACUAAGAGAGUGUCUUUUGAACUAAAAUAAUGCCUUAAUGCCUUGUAUGUAAUUUAUUCUGUCCUCAAAGAUUUGAAUGAAUAAAUAUGUAUUUAAUAAGUUUAUCUGAUGUUAACAGGUGUCAUUUUGUGGGAUUCUGUGAUUGCCCCUCUAAAUUCUAUAAACAGCUUUUAAUUAUUGUUCCCUAGCCUGAAUCAUGCUACCAUUACAAUUUGUAAAUGCACACUCAUUUAGAAACAGUGACAUAGUGCCAGUCAAAACCAACAUAACCCAGAGACAUAUUUUGUCUAUCUAGCAGUCCAACAACUUACAUCAAACUAAGAAGAGAGACAAAAGGUAAAAGUUAAAGUUCUUGGCUCACCAACUAGGUAAUUAGGCUGUUCCCCUGCACUGCUUGUACGUUUUCUUACGAAAAUGAAUCCACCAAAAUGCAUACAAAUCUCACUUAAAGGAGCUAUAUGUAAGAAAUCUAAAGCAAAUAGUCGUAAAAUCCUCCUAAUAUGUAACAGAGAAGAAUUUUCGCAUUUAAAAUUUU